AAAUACAGUGAUUAAAUAUUAUAUAAGUAUAAAAGAAAAAAAAAUGUUUUUAUAACAAAUAACAUUAGUUAAUUGUAACCAUGUUCACGAUUGACUGAUGAACAUAGCUUAAAUUAUCUUCUACUUGAUAGAUUAAGAGAUAGUAAUCUGUAGUCUAUACGCAGUUCAAAAAUAUUAGUUAACUCAGUCGUUAGGGAAAAUGAUUAAUAGUUCACUUUCGCAUUCGUAAAUUGAAUAAUAAGUUGCACAACAUUUCAAACUUUGAAUGAUGUCCCUUACAGGCUUUUGCAAAAUUUAAAAAAAAAAAUAUUUUUUCUACUAAAAACCAAAAUAUUAUAUUUUAUUUCUUUUUGGAUUAGGUAUAAUCUUUUAAUUUUAUACUUUCAUAUUGCUACAUAUUUCCAAAUAUAAAAUCCGAAAAACAAUAAACUACUUGAUUGUAAAGCUAACAGGUAUACCUUCUUAUAACUGUUUUGUUAACUCAGAAUCUUUACCACGAAAUAUAUAUUAUAAAUUGAGUUACUAUAUUAACGUAUGGGUACAAGGUACGGUGUUGCUGUCAAUUUACAAAAAUACGAAAAGGAAAAUAAAUAUAAUAUGCUGAUCCUUACUGAGUAAAAUCGUGUAUGUUAUAGCGACGUAAAACCUCGAGCAGGUCUAGACAGUGUCAGAGAUAAGUGACUGGAUUUCGUUGUAAAUUAACCAUCCUUGGUGUGUUAUAUUAAGGUCAUUAAUAAAUACGAUUUUUGUGAGAAUUCAUUUAAUAUACUUCUACAAGGUACCUAAAUCAUCCUCACACGAUUAUAUAAUAUACAAUUAUAAUUUUCAUUCCCGACCGUGAACUAAAAAUUGAGUUUAAUUAACACCGUAAAUUGUUAUUAUUUAUUUACACUUUUCGAACUUAUUAUAAUAAACAGUUAGAUAUUAAAUUAUGGCGCCGAGAACUAGCAGUUGGCCCGUAUGGAGUGGUAUAUUGAGCACGGAUAAAAAUAUAAAAUCGGCUGACGAUUGGAUUGGAGCACGGCGAAUGGAAGACGGCGCAGACGAGUUGUGGAGAAUUCACGAUGGGUUGUAUGAUCUUGAACAAUGGAUUCACAAGCACCCCGGAGGAUCACAGUGGUUGGAAAUUACUAAAGGUACUGAUAUCACAGAGUUAUUUGAAUCAUCCCAUAUAAAUGGCAAAGCUGCAACGGCGAUGAUGCACAAAUUCUAUGUACGAAAUGCAAAGUCACCUAGGAAAUCGCCUUUCACGUUUAAGCCUGACGGAUUUUACAACGUGUUAAAGUCUAGAGUCGCAAAGAAGUUGUCUUUUGUGGACAGCAAUAGUUACCAUAUAAAGUCCAUGCUUGUCGUCGACACUUAUUUUCUCUUUGCACUGGCCUUGUGCGUCGGAGUGGCUCGAACGGAAAACGUUUUCUUAGCACUUCUGACUGGCAUUAUUUUGGCACUAGGAACCGUUGCUGCCCACAAUUUCACUCACCUUAAGGAUAACUGGAGGAUGUAUUACGUGCAAUUGGUUCUUUUAUCUGUGCGUGAAUGGAGAAUAUCACAUGUACUCAGUCAUCAUAUAUACACAAACACUGUACAAGACUUAGAGAUGUCACUGUUGCAUCCGUUUAUCCAUUGGUUUCCGACUGAAGAUAAACCAUUUACUGUUCGUUUAUUCCCUUAUCUUACGCCCAUUAUUUACCCUUUUAUUAUACCUGGACAAUUGGUCAUUAGAACUUUCAAGUGCAAUAAUGACAAAGCUGAUCUUCUUAUGUUUGUUAUACCUGCAAUAUUGAUGUUUUGUGGUCAAAUGACCAUAAUUUCUAUAAUUGUCGCGUGGUUUGUCAUAGUUAUGACAAGUAGUUUUAUGUUUACAUUCAUCGGGUUUAGUGCUUCUCAUCAUUUUCCUGACAAUUUUCACGAUGGAGACUAUGUCAAUGAUGAAUGCAUCGAUUGGGGAAUACAUCAAACGAUAACCAGCGCAGAACGAAGCGAACCUAUCAAUAAUAUAUUUUUAACAAUAGCUACAUUUGGCGAUCAUACAUUACACCAUUUGUUCCCAGCUUUAGAUCAUAGUUUAAUACCACUUUUAAAAGAAACUUACGAGGAUACGUGUAAAGAAUUUGGUUUGGACCUAACGCCAAAAUCAUUUACAACGAUUAUGCACGGGCAGUUUAAACAAUUAACUCGGGUUACUCCUAAUAAUCCGAAGAAGGAUAAAAUUGAAACUGACAUAAAAUUAGACAAUAAUAUCUGAGUAUUAUUUAAUGAAGUUUAACUGUAUUGGCGUAUAAUUAAAAAAUAAUAAUACGAUAAAAGACACAGAUAUACUACGUAAAGGAUACUGGUCGGCAAUAUUACUAUUUUAGACUAUUUAUGUAUCAGUAUCAUUGACUGAAUAGUUAUUUUAGUUUUUUAAUCAUUAUUCACUAUACAUUUUUUAUGACGUGAUUUAUACGAUAAUAUUAAUAUGAUUUUGUCGAUUGAAAUGGUUGCUCAAUGCUCAUUUACUAAUUAUUAAUUAGGAAAUAUAUAUUUAUUUUUUUGUAUAAACUUAAAAAUUAAUUUACUAAGGCCAGUGGCUUUUAUUUUUAUUAUUCGUAUACUAUUUAGUAUUUACUAUACAUUUUGAUAGCUUCUAAACAUUAAAAAAAAUAUAUAUAUUUAUAUUGGUUUUUAAAUGAUAUUAUAUACCUAUAUUAUAUGUAAGAAAAUAUAAAUUUAAUGUUUAAAGAGGAACCAAACUCUCAGGGUUUCAGUACGUUUUAAUAUUACGUUUGUAUCCAAUUAUAAAUUUUAUUCAAAAAUAUUUUUUAUAGUUAUGUUAAGUUCUACUUAUAUGCCACAUGAAUAAUAUUGUGUUUUUUCAUUUCAGUUUAAUGUUAUAAUU